UUAUCUUUCAGAAGAAUGGUUUUAUUAUAGGUUAUUAAAGUUAUACCAAGAGACUGUGCGUUCUAUGUUGCCCAAUGUUUUGUUUUAGGCUAUAUAAGGAAUUCAUGUAAGUUUUCCUAGAGCAGUAUUAUUUAGACUCAUCAACAUGGUAAACAUUUUCCCAAUCAUGUUCCCGGCCAAGAUUUCAAGAUCGCUAUGUAUUACCGGUACCAGGGCACAACCAAUUUGUUUUAACGCUAUAAGACAAUCUUCAAACCACUCACUUGUUGCCGAGAAGGAUGUAAGAACAUCCCUAAAAGUCAACAAGAAACCUUCAAAGCCGCCAUUCAUGAAAAAUGUUUUCUUGGGAAUUUAUGAUAAAGACAUGUUAGUUUACCCUGAGUUGGAUAAACCAAGACUGCAAGAGCUAAAGAAGCGCAUGGAACCUGUUAAAAGUUAUUUCAAAAGUAAUGUUAAUCCUGAAAUUCUAUCAUCAUUGAAGAUUAUCCCUAAUGAAAUCAGAGAGAGCUUGAAACAACUUGGACUCUAUGGACAGUCAAUCCCAGAGAGCUAUGGGGGUUCUGAUCAGACAGCCACAGAAACAGCUUAUAUUAAUGAGGUCAUUGGUAACGAUAUUGACAUUGCUUUGACAUUAUACUCCCACAAUUUCCUUGCUACUCAAAGUAUACUUAUGUAUGGAACUGCCCAGCAGAAAGAGAAGUAUCUACCCUUAUUGGCCACAGGAGAGCUCACAGCAGCAUUUUGUAUGUCAGAAAGCAUCAGCAGUUCUGAUCUUGCAUCUUUAUUGACAACGGCUGAGCCCAAUGAAGAUAAUCCAGACAUGUACCUUGUCAACGGUAAGAAGCUAUGGGUUAUUAACGGAGGCAUUGCUAAUUUAUUUAUUGUGUUGGUGAAAUACAACUACAAAUCGCAUCAUGGGAAAAUGGUUCCUCUUGUUCGGUUAAUGAUAGUUGAACGAGAAUAUCCCGGGAUUACAGUAUCUCCACCCAAGGAGCACAUUGGUCUGAAAGCGUCAAAUAUAUGUGAGGUGCACUUUAACAACACUCCUGUUCAUAAAGAAAACUUUAUUGGGAAUGAAAUGCAGGGAUUUGAAAUGUGUACUCAAGUGUUAAGUAGUGGACGGUACAACAUAGGUGCAAUAACAGUUACUUUACUUAAAAACCUACUAAGUACAGCCUGUUCCUUUGUUAUCGAUAGAAGACAGUUUGACAGACAAUUGAUUGAUUGUGAAAGAAUUCAGGAUAAAGUGGUUGAAAUAGCUACUCGUAUUUACACACUAGAGAGUAUGACCUACCUUACAACUGGUAUUCUAGACACCUAUGAAAGUGCUGAUUGUUUGCUCGAACUUGCUAUUAUUAAAAUAUUUAGCUUUACUGAAGGACGAUAUGCUUUGGAUCUUAUUAUGGAAUUAAUGGGAGGCAGAGCGUUUCUUGAGUCUGAGAUUGUUCAGAAAUAUUUUAAAGACUUUCGUACAAUGGAGGUAUUUGAUGGGACAACAGACAUUGCUAAACUGAUGGUAGCACUGCUUGGCCUACAGCACACUGGGAUCACGUUGCAUGAGUCCAACAAGAAAGCAAGAUUUCCAUAUGAUAACGCAGGAUUUGUUUUUAAGCGCUUUUUCGAAAACAGAUUGCAAAUAAAGGAUGAACCAAAGCUCACACUUGGAUUAUUUGAACAGUUACAUCCGUCUUUGACAAUCGCAGCAAAUGAGCUUGAGUAUUGUGUUCACCGUUUACAAUUUGCAGUAAGUGUACUCUUUGAACGUUAUGGUUCUGAAGUAGUUAACCAGCAGAUAGAACUGAUGAGAAUAACUGAUGCAGCUGUUAAAAUAUAUGCAAUGACAGCAGUCCUAGGGAGAUCAUCAAGGUCAUACUGUUUAGGCUUGCGCAAUGGAGAGACGGAAGUGAAAUAUGCCAUGAAAAUCUGUUCUGCUUAUAAAAAAAUUGUUAAACAAGAGAUCAACUAUCUUCUUGAAGGAAUUCCCUCUACAGGUGAUAUUGUUUCUACAAACUAUGGUCCUGAUAUCUUUAGGCAUCAUGGUUAUUACUUGGAGCACCCAUUAGAAAGGACUUAUUAAAUUUCCCUUUUGUGUAAAGCUCUAAAACUAGGCCCUAUUUUUAAUAGUUUUCCUUUAAAAACAAGAAUUUAAAUAAAAUCGUAUUCACAUUUUCCAGUAUAUUUAAAAAAAAAACAUACUAAAUGGGGCAAAAAUGAAUUUUGGUUUCUCCGGUUAUUGUUACAUUAGGCCUAAACCAUAGAUAAAACAUGGGCCCUCCCUUGUGUUGCUUAGUCUAUGCCUAAAUUUAGUUCUGACAAGACCAGUUUUGUUUAAUUUACUUUCUACUUUUUUUUAAAUAGAGUGUAAGGCCUAGGCUAUUUUUAAUCAAUUAAACUAAUAAAACAUCAUUCUUUACAUAAACAUUUAAAAUAAUUAGGCCUAUUAGAAGAUUUACUUAUUUUUUUGUAGGCCAGUGUAAAAUGUUUUGCUGUAGCUCUUAUAUAUUUUUUAAGCCUUUUAGAGAUAUUAUUGAUAGCCUACAUGUCUAUUGUUUUGAGAACUAAGAUUAGGCUACUAUUCUCAGCUUUAAUUUUCUUAAAGAAGUCUUUGUCAUUCACAAAGUGUGAAUUUAGAGUUUUUUUCUUCACUGAAUGUGGUAGUAUAUUUCGACUUCUAGUUUUACUUUGCCCAGUACUUUUCCACAAAGCAUCAACAGCCAAGACUAGGCCUAACUUAUAUCUAUUCCAGAACCUAGGAAUCAUCAUUGUUGGUGGGAUUAAACCUAAGUAAAAGUAGCUGAUAUCUAUUUGGUCUUAAAACAUGUAAAACAUUAUUAAGUACCGGUAGCCUAUAGCCUUUUAGAUAGUGCAGGUAGUCUUUUAUGGUUCUGGUCAGCCUAUUUUAAACUAAGGGUUGGGUCCAUGUCCUAAGCCGGGUUUUGUUCACCAAAAGAGGUGGCAUGCUCUUCAAUAGCCUACUGAGUUUACUAAUGGUGUCUUGGGAGCCCUUUAGCGAUAAUCAAUUUUCUGUAGGUAAUGUUAUUAAUACAAAUAAUAGCCCUUAACAUUGUGGUUUAAGUACAGUAGGCUACCUAACAAUUAAUAUACCUUGAACAAUCCCUGUUAAUUUGUUACCAAAUUUCACGCAAAUCGGUUAGUAUUUAACCCUCCCAGUGUUACUUGACGAAAAUUCGACAAGCAGCACACUUUGUGUAGUGUUACUUGUCGAUUUUUCGACACGCAGACAUCGUUUACGGCGAAGGCUCUAUGACUGACUGAAUCGGAUUGAACUGGAUCGAGUUAGGUAUCGUUCUUUCCGUAAUAUUCUAAGUUUUCUCCAGAGGUCUGUCUCUAAGCGCUAUUCAUUUUAGUUCCGAAAAUAUUGUAGCAGACAGCUGACGUGCGUGUAUUUGUAAACAGCUAGGUUCCCCCGGACCGAUGACUGAUGUGUUUUAUUACGUUUAUCAUUGUUUUAGUGUUAAAAAUCAAAAGUAGUGAUAUACGUGGUGCAUUAUAAGAAGAUUUAAGUGGUUUUGAAGUGCUGGUUGAUGAUCCUGAAGAAGUAGGUAGUGAUAUUGAUGUAAAUUAUCAGCCAGAUUCCUAGCUAUGGUUAGGCUAUGCAUUCUUAGCUAAACGCUAUGUACUGAAAUCAGUUUUUUGCCCAUAACUUAUUUAUUUGCAAAUCUACUUCCUUAUAUUAUUGUAUAUUUGUAAUCCUCAUAAAAUUUAGAACAAAGUGGCUAUUUUCAAAUAUUUAUAGGCCUAUAAUUUAUACAAUUUCAUUGAGCGCGAACUUAUUUUUUUUUUUGAAAAUUUUCGAAAUUAUAUUUUUUUAACCUAAAAAAUUUUUUUUUUGAAAAAAUGUUCCUUAUGUUUUAUAUAUAAUAUUGAAGCCCAUGAUUUUCCAAACAAAAUGGUAUAUAGAACAUUAGAAUUAACAUUGUUUUAAACUUCUCAGAUCCGUUUUAAUAAAACCUUGCAAAUGCGCCAAAAAUAGGUGGACAUUAAGGCCUAAACUAUGGACACUUGGAGGGUUAAAUUUUUUUGCAACAUACAAAUAAGCCAAUGUUUAAUUAACUAAACGUAAUAAAUUAACAGAAAUGUUUAGAUAUACCACAAUACCGCACUGUUUUAGUUGUAUUUGGAAUAUUAAAGAGAAUUACUUGUUGCUAUUGGGGCCCCCCCAAACAUAGCAUAGCCUAAUGUUGCAUAGUCUCCAUUAACAGGAAUAACAAACUUGUAAAUAUAAACAUUAUAAGCUCCAUUAUAAAUUAGUUCAACAGCUGUUUCAGUAUGCCAGGUCUGUGGCAUUGCCACUUUUGUCUAGCCACGGCCUUAUAUUAGAGGAGGCUAUGAAUAAAUACAAUCAAGCUUAUUCAAAUUGAAAAUUAAUUGACCUUAAAUAUAUAUCUGUUAGUCAUCACUUACACUUCAAAUGUUUGUAAAAUUUGCAAAAAUGAUUUCCAUUCAAAAUGUUUUGAAACGGGAAAGUGCCAUGGCCUUCUGACGGCUUAUCCUCCCCACGACAAAACCUACCAAAAUUUAACGUCAUUGAAGUUAUUUCAAAUCGGAAAUGUACGACUAUGGCAUACUAGAUUCAAGUCUGAUCUAAAAUAGGCCUAUAGGCCUGUUACUAAUUUAGUGGGAAUUUAGAACAUAAAAAUCACAGGCGUAAAGGCUACCAAUGUUUAAGCAACUCCACUCGGAGAGAGGGGUGGUCAGCAAUGACAUAAAAUUUCGGACAUAAAAAGCGCCUUUCACAAAUAUCAUUGAGUCUACACUACUCUCAAUUUCCUAGUUAUCUUAUAUCUGUUAGGUAAGCCUAAUCUACAUCUCGACCUUGAUCCUGAAAAUUACAUUCCCAAGCACCUUUCUCUUUAUUUUCAUUCAGAACAAUCUCUAUGCUCUUAAACAUUUUUAUAUGAUCGGGAAUAAAAGAAAGAGACCAUAGGCUGAUUUGUAAAAAAAUUUAAUAACAAUAAUAAAACCACUUGCAAGUGGUAAAACCAGUUUUAUUUUAUAAAACUAAAUCUUUUAUACAACAACAGCAUUUCACAACAGCUAGAAACAUGAUUAAGUCGAUAUUGUCUAUGAAAAUUGUAUUUUUACUUGAUUAACUUUAUAGACAAAAAUACGUACAACAUUUUAAUGAACACAGAUAUAUAAAAGCCUUGAAACGCUGUAACAGUUUUAUCAGUAACUCUCUAUUUUCGUUUUACCUAACAGUAAGGUCUCCAAGCUAUAGUAAGAGUGGCAAGCCUUUCAGGUUCCAAACAAAACAAAUCAGCAGUCUGGGUACGAAACAGAAUUGAACCUGACUUUCUUGUUGCUCAUAGCUUAGAUAUUAAAAUUAAGAAAGCAAUGCUAGGUGAUAAAACAUUUGAAUCAUACAGUAAGUUAAAAUUAUUUCAAAAGUCUAACUUAUUAAAAAGGCAUACAAAAUAUUGCUUUCAUUAAAAUGAAGUUUUAUCAAAACUGAGUUUUGAGGUAGCAUUAAGGUUAGGCACAGAGAAGUAUACAGAGAAAACAUGCUUAUGGAACAACCGUGCGCUUUUAGCUCUGGAAUGGUGUGGCGGAAAUAUAUUAGUACCGAGCAAGGAAGAGCCCAAACGGCUAUUGUUUACAACAGCAGUUGUAGCGCACAGGCUCCUAUAGCGUGAGCGCUGUAAUGGUGAGGAAAAAGAGAGCGGAAAGGAACUUCCAAAAGCUUUUUAACUAGACACGACUUAAGUGUACCAUGAAAUAUUUCCUCUGUAUCUUACUUCUCUGUAGGUUAGGCCUUAUGUGACACAAAAAUAUUGCUUAAUUAAUCAAUCAAAAUAUAUUCUAGCCAUUAAUUUUUUUUAGCUAAUGGCUUAUCACACACUUAUAGUGUUAUUGAAGCUGGGCAUUGUAAUAAGAUCACAGAUAAGCACUACUAAACCUUUACACCCAAACUUGUAGGUUAACACUUCAAAUCCUAUUUUCCCCAUGCAUUUUGAAGAGGUUAACAUGUAAGUGGUUGUAACGCUGUUUACAAUUCACAAUGCCAUUCACCAAACAACUAUUUAUCUUUGCCUAAAUUGUUAUGUCAACCACAAUCUCUGCAAUGUAUUUCACAUUUUAGUUUCAUGCACUGUAGUUUCUUGUUUUAAUGAUUAAUUAUUAUAUAUAAAAUACUUUGUGAACAUCUCAAACAACUAAAUUCAAUGAGUCUGCUUACAGAGAGAAAAGUAUUACUUGUUACAUUUUUAACUGGUCAUCAGUUUUAUUGUAUAAGGCAGAACAUAGUUGUCAUAUAUUGGUUAAGAACACUCAUAUUUCAUGUAACAUACAGGAAUGAUUCAACAUACUACUUCAUGGAAAUGCUGGGAUAAAACAAAUUAUUUAGGUUAUACUUUCCUUUGUCUGUUAAAGAAAACUAUUACCAUUGGUUUGUAUAUACACUACAGUAAUGUAAAAAAUGUAUAUUGCUAACCUAAAUUAAUAAACAUGUUUUCUUUCA